AUGGAGGACCUUCGCAGUUCCCUCUCGGCGGCCUUCUCGAGCCCAUCGUUGCUGAACGCCUCCUUUUGCUUUCCAGGCUUGUACAAGCCUCGCUUGGAUGCUGGAGGUUUGCUGAAAGUCUUCAAGGGCUUGAUUGGAAGUGAAGAGCUCUUCGCGCAAGUGGAGAUGCACAUGGUGAAUGCCGCCUUUGAGGGCUUGAGCUUGUGGGCCAACGACCACGAUGAGGCGGCAUCGUUGAUCCAUCGAGACCAACUCCGGGGGCUGGCGGCCUUGCUGCUGUCCCCAGUCUUGGUGGAUCCGGGGAAGCCGCAACCCUACGAGGUCAUGUGCCGCAUUAUGCGCUUAGUGGCCUGGAUGCCGGCGGAGGGCCGCCGCGAGUUGCAGGAACUCCUCAUUGACGACUGCUCCGAAGAGGAGGUGCUCCGGAGCUUGGUGAGCCGCGUGCGUUUGCACUGCGACGAGACGGUGCUGCGGGCGCACCAGAUGCAGCGGCUAUCGCCUGAGAUCUGGGAGGGGCUCAUGCUGCUUCAGCUCCUUUGGGGCACGAACGAGGCGAUUGCCCAGCGCUUGGCCAAGUCACUGCGGUCCUCGGAAUGGCCUGAGGCGGACUUUGGACAAAGCUUGGCACAAACGUUGUCGCAGCUCGGGAAGCCGGCCGCCAGCGUGUUGGGGCGCUUCACUUUGGCGCCACAGGUGCGGCCGCCAGUGCCCAGUUCAGAGUUUCACUUGCAGAGCUUGGCGGAGGAGAAGGUACCUCCAGAGUUGGAGUUCCGACUCUUCGUGGAGAACGCCUGCGCGGGGCCCAUCACUCCCUCCGAGGUGCUGGAGCUUCCUCUCUAUGCAGCCCGGACGGACUAUGGCUUCGAGUAUGUCUUGCCCAGCAAGAUGCGGAGCUUUAUGGCCAAUCGCAAUCUGGUGCCGGUCUCAUACACCAGGAAGGUCCUGCAGGUGGAGAAUCAUCACGCACAGGUCUACUUGCAGCACCAGGUGGCGCGUCGCGUGGCCGCCGAUCUGGAGGUGCUGCCGGGGCAUGAGAUUCACAUCGAUCCGGCGCUGCUCUUCUUCAUCUUGAAGGUCCACCGCGAUCGGAUCUUGGAGGACACCACGGCGGCCCUGCAGAAAGCCACUCCCGAGGACCUCCGACGGCAGCUGAAAGUGGUCUUCGAAGGCGAGCAGGGGGUCGACGAGGGCGGCUUGGCGCGGGAGUUCUUUCGACUCUUGAGCGCUCACGUCUUUACCGUGGAGGGCGGUUUGUUUGACCCCUUGGUGGCGCAGAAUGCCCGGGUGCUUUGGUUCAACUCGGCCUCAGCGUUCGCGAAGCGCUUCCAAGAGCUCCGGGUGCUUCGCCCGGAGCUGCUGCGCACCACACGCGCCUCCAAGGCCUUGGACCAUUGCGGCAGCGCACUGCGAGUCGACUGCAUCGAGGAUUUGUAUUGGAAGAGCUCGAUGAGCUCGAGCAUCUCUACCUUUUGGUCUCAUUCCUGGCACGGAGACCACCGGAAGAAGAUCUUGACACUGCUGGUCCUCUACAAUGGCAGGGCAGCAGUCUCCUGUGGCUUCUUCACCGCGCUGAUCUCCAUGAUUCUCUUUCUCUUCGGCGGCUUGCCUGGCUUGAGACGUAACGAGCGUUUGGAGCAAGCCUCGACAUGGUCUUUAGCCAGUGGAACCGUUGCGGCCUCCUUUGCGUUGAUCCUGUGGCGGUCAAAGGAACGAGUCUUCUUGGAUCGCAUUUGCAUCAAUCAGAAAGAUCCAGACCUCAAGAAAAAGUCCAUAUGGAGCCUGCCGGGUUUGCUGAAGAAAUCGGACAAGAUGUUGGCUCUGUGGGAUGACACCUGGGGUGAACGACUCUGGUGCCUUUUCGAGCUGGCAGCAUUCUUGCGAAGCAAAGCUGAGUCUGAACAGAAGCUGGACAUCAAACCCACUUUGAUUGGCCCUUGUUGUGUCGCAGGCUUCCUCACGGUCUUCGCCAUCGCCGUGCCCUUCAACACGGUUCCCAGCAACGGGCAGACUCGGGGCGUGGCAGUCUAUGUUUGGCUUACGUUGCUGGGUAAUGUCUUUGGCUUUCUGGCAGUGUGGGCGCUGCGCAGAUACUUCGCCUCUGUCUUAGCUCUUCAGGAGCAGCUGCGUUCGGUGAGCUUUGAGCGGAUACGAUGCCAGUGUUGUGAUCUGAAUCACCAGUGGAACGGCCAGGAGUUGCUGUGCGACCGGGAGGUCGUGAAGGCGUGCGUGGUGGCCUGGUUCGGCAGCCAAGAGUCCUUUGAGGAGUCCAUUCGAGCGGAGGUCUCGGACGCCGUGGUCUUUGACCUGCAACAUCACGUCUUCACUCGGCGCCGCACCUGCGCUGUGACGUCGCCCCUCUUCUGGGCCUUCCUGGACCUCUCCGCCAGCUGGGCACGUGUGGGCGGAGCCGGACCUGAGCUCCACGAACACUUCACGCGAGCGGCGAGUGCGGCGGUGGAGGGGCUGAGCUUUUGGCUGCUGGUGUGUCCCAUCUUGGUGGAGUAUGUGGUGUAUCUCUCCCGUCGAUUUUGCCGUCAAGCCACCUCUCCUAUGCGGGAGGCCUUCUGCAAUCUCGGGGUGCUUAUCAUGGUCUUGCCUCUUCAAGCCCUAUUGUUUGGCUGCUAUUGGGUGCUCUUCAGGCUUAACUUGCCACGGCUGGUCAUCUCUGGAGUCUUCGCCGGAGAGAUGCUGCUGGUGACUGCCAUCUCCUCCUUCAUCAAGGUCAAGGCGGCCAAGGCGGCCAAGGCCAGCUCCGCGUCCAACGGCAUUCCGCCGCUUGGCCAAGCCAAGCUCGCGAAGAACGCCACCGACCGAGCUCCGCAGCGAAGAAGCCCCGGACCGAUCGACUGCGGUCGUCCACACGUGGCAAGUGUCGUGCACGAGUGGCGGGUCCGGGAGUCGACGGAGUUCUGGCUGGCGGGCGUGAUUCUAGGUCUGGUGGUUUACAACAACAUGCCCGGCCUGGACGUGCGUUUUCCACCGGUGGUCUUCAAGAAGAUCAAGAAUGAACCGUUGGUGCUGGAAGAUCUUCGCCAGGUCCACCCUGAUACGUAUUUGUCCUUGAGGUCCUUGCUCUCUUGGGAGCCUGAGGAAGAGCUCGAUGAGGAGGAGCGGAAUGCCAUCUUCGAGAACACCUUCUGCUUGGAUUUUGUGGUGACCUACGAGAUGAACGGCGCCACCGAGACUCGAGAGCUUUGCGAAGGAGGAAAAGAUCGGGUGGUCAGCUACAAGAACCGAGAAGAGUUCGUCCGGCUCUACUGCGAGUGGCUCUUGACUCAAAGCGUGGAGCGGCAGUUCGAACCCUUCCGCAAGGGCGUGCGACGGGUCUGCGACUCGCCGCUCUUCAACGCGCUGCACAGUGCAGAGCUGGAGCUCAUCGUAUGUGGCGAGCAGGCGCUGGACUUCGCCCAGCUGCGCAAGAAUGCCCAUUACGACGGCUACCAGGAAGAUUCCAGCUACAUCGAUUCCUUCUGGAAGUUGCUCAUGAACUUUGACCUAGUUCAGAAGAAGCGUUUCUUGUCCUUCGUCACGGGCAGCGACUUAGCGCCGGUGGGCGGUCUACAGGAGUUGCAGCUGGUGAUCCAGCGCAACGGCGAUGAGCCCACAGAGCGCUUGCCCACAGCCCACACCUGCUUCAACCUCCUGCUGCUCCCGGAGUACGGCGACAGCUCCAAGUUGGAACGGAUGAUCGUCACGGCCAUGCACAACGCCGAGGGCUUCGGCUUGGAAUGA